AUGACAUAUAAUACACCAAAUAGCUUAGAACACUGUAGCAGAAAGAAUAUGAAGCCGCUAAGGAUUAUUUUAUGUGAUACUAAUGAGGCAGUCGCUAAAUUAUGGAAGAAGUAUAUUCCGGGGGUUUUUAUGGCGAAUGGGAGAAACUUGUGUAUUCACCACGGUCACCUAGAGUCGCUGGUCUCCAAAAUACGCUCAGGACAAACAGUACAUAGUGGAGAAACGUAUGCUAUCGUUUCACCAGGAAAUUCGUUUGGAUAUUUGGGGGGUGGCUUCGAUCUGGCAUUAUACAACUACUUUGGUGGGAAACCGUUCGAAACAUGGUUUAAAAAACAAUUAGAAGAAAGAUAUCACACGGUAGGAUCUGCCACAGUUGUGAAUCUCUCUAAAUGUGAGGAGGUGGUAACUGUAACGAAACGAGACGGAAUUAAGUACAUUAUACAUUGUCCUACAGUAGUGGCGCCCACAAGAAGCAUAUAUGAUGGGGAUAAUCCUUUGAGAACGGGGUAUGAGCCUGUUUUUAAUGCAAUUUGGAACGCCUUGAUGCAUGCACCAGAUGAAAUAGACGGUCUUAUUAUUCCAGGUAUAUGUACAGGUUAUGCGGGGGUUCCAAAUGAAAUUAGUUGCAAAAGUAUGGCAUUUGCAUUGAGUCUUUAUCUGCUAGGUGAUCAAAUAUCAAAAGAGUGCAGAAAUACGUUGAUAAUGUUCUUCUUGGGAUAUCCCUUUAAACCGUUUUUUGUAGAAGAGUCAAAACUUGAAUGUGCCAGAUUGGGUAUCGACAUAGUGAAAGUUCAAAAGUUUGACGUUCAGAGAGAUGGAUUAGAGACAAUAUUACCAAGUCUAGUAAGACAAAAAGAGGUGUAG